AUGGCGACCACUCCUCCGCCUUCGGACUUGCGUGAGCUACGUGAGCCACGGGCACCCAGACAUGGCGCUGGCUAUGACAGCUUCGAUCCAUAUCCUACAAGACAAUCGGCUCGAUUGGCAGGGCAAAGAUCUAGCGAGCCGCACACAACUCCUCCCCCGCCAUCUCCCAAAAAAUCCGCACGUCGUAACGGCAUCGACGCCUUGUCUCCUCCUGGGACUCUUUCUCCCCGCAAGAAGACAGUGCGUGGAAAAGCGUCGCUAAUAAACGAAACCUUGGAUGUGGAAACUUCAGAUCUCUCAGACGGCGCCUCAGGACACCGUUUGUCGCGAUCGGCAAUUCUUCCAGGACGUUCGCUUCUCUUGCCCACCCCUGCAAAGACUCCUCGCCAUCAAAAGUCGGUUGGGAAUUUCGGCGCCGCAGCACGAUCUCUCUUUCCUAACGCCUCAUCCUCGAGCCAGACGAAAAGCACAAAGAAACCUAGUGGAUUCUCCCUUGACAGCUUCCACGAAGAUUCUACUAGCAACAACAGCUCCAUUGAAAUCUUCACAGACAGUCGUGAUCGUAUCCCUGUGGCAAACAAACGCCUUGACAACCCAUUUUUGAGCAAAUCAGAACCCAAGAUGUCUUCUGAUAGCGAAAUCCCCAAGGCCAAGCGUCAGCGUGUCGCCUCUCGUCAUGUGGCACCGGAAAUUGAUCCUAAAGAAGCUGUCAAGCGGACGGAUGGAAUGCUAUACACCUUUCGUGGAAAGAAAGUCUUUCGCAAAUUCGACUAUCAGCGCAGCGAUUCCGAGGAGGACCAGAAUGAGGAGGACGAACUGGGCUUCUUCGCCGUUCGCCCAGACUUGCUUGACAGCAGUGUUAACCUUGAUGCCCCACGUUUAACCCGCUCAGCCAUCAAGGGCCGCCGUCUCUUUUCAGCUCUAUCAGAUAGCAAGCAUUCCAACUCUGUCGACGAGAACGAAGAGGCUACUACAGACAUUGAAGAUCCUAUUGAUUCUAUCGAGGGCACAGACAUUGUCCAUUCCGAAGGAGAUCUGGAACUGACGCCUAACAAACGUUCGCUACGCACUCGGACUACUCGUUUGCAUAAUAGUGACAAGACAGAACCCAUCCACACUGCUGUUUCUGAAACAAAGAAGAGUGACAAACGCAGCAGUCCUUUUGAUAUCUGGGCUCGUAAGAAGACACAGCCUGCCAAAGUGUCCGUAUCGAAGAAGCGUGAAGCCGAUCCUUUUACGGAUUCACCUGCCCCCGCACCUAAGCGGACUAGAGCUCACUAG